AUAGAACUCUUGGCAUCAUACGACAAUGCUAAUCACUAUUCUUAUCUCCUUAACUUCGGCUUGGCGCUCUUUUUCCCAGCAAGAUAUAAAGCAUGUAGAGGUAUGUGGAAGUUCAGCCAACUUUCCGCAAAAAACUUUCCCGUAAAAUAACGCAAAAUAAGGUAUGUAUAUGCCAGAGAGGGUCCCUCUGGGACCAGUUAUGAAUGGGAGCGAGUUUUUUUCUCACCAUGGGCCUUGUAUUUAGGAAAGCAAGAUGUCUUCCACUACUAGUAAUAUUCAUCUCGUCUGCUUUGUUCGUGGUGAGACUGGGAAAGAUAUUUUCCCUGUAGUAAUUGAUAAUAAUUCAACCGUUGAAAAUCUGGGAGUCGAAAUCAGAAAGGUCCGGCAAGACUUAAGUCAAAAAAACUUCGAUCUAUAUGUAAGAAAAUUCAAACAACCCAAUCAUGGUUUGGUCAAUACUGUGAAUACUACCGAAAAAAAACAAGGGGAAUUGAUGGAGCCUCCCAAUAAGUUUACUUAUUAUUUUUCCGUGGAAGAUAUAAAAGGACUUAAAAAAAACCCUCCUUAUCUUCAAUAUGAUGGUGAAAUAGUUCCUAUUCAUGUUAUCGUAUACCUCCAGGAAGUGUUGGAAAAAGAUCCCGAGGAUACUGGGCUCUAG